AUGGAAAAAGAAAAGGAAAAAGUAAAAGCGAAACCGCAUCGUAAGAAAUCGUCGGAGUUCAGAAAAGAUAAUCUUCCGACACCACCACCUGAUCCAACGCUCGGCCUUUCAAUGACCGAUUCCAAUGUGGAGAGUCCUUUGGAUACCGUAUCGGCGCCGGACAGCGGCGCUGAUCUCAAUACGGAUCCGUUUAAGCGUUUGUUCACCUAUACCGAACGGGAAAGUUUAUUCCUAAAGCUUUUGUGUGAUAAUGAUAGUGCUUCUAGUCUAAACAAAAACUUAUUGCCGACGGUUGGGACGAUCACGGCAAGUGGAACUGCAGAAGGUCGAACAAUUAGUGACAGUACAUCGACGUUGGAAAGUACCGAAGCUCCAUUUGAUUCUCCCAACGAUUUUCUGAUGUUACUGAACCGUACGGGUCCGUCGGUUGCUGCCGCUCUCUCUACUAAGGGUGCUCUCGAUCAGCUCGAUCGGUUGCAUGAUCUCAUCAAACAACUGCUUACCCUGCAGGAGCAAACUAUGAGGAUGCAUUGGCAGCUGAAAAAUGUAGAAACGCUGCGGAAACUGAAGUUGAUGCAGAACACGAUGAUUCGAGAUCCUGAGGGAUUUCUUUCGAGCAACUCAAUGCAGGAUGACAAUUCGGAUAAUGACCUGCUAGACAAUGAAAUCGAACAAAAUCUGGCUCUAUUAGAAACGAUCCUUGCGGCUGGUAAUACUGCCAGCAGUAAACGGAGUAGCUCGAAACGCGAACGCAGUAAAUCCGUGAUCAACGACGAAAUUGGUGGUUUUCAAUCCACUUUCGGUGCCAGCAAAGAAUCUAGUAGAAAUUAUCCACUGCGACGACAGAGUGCCAUAUCUGAUUUUAAACCUAAGGUUUCCAAAUGGACUAAAGUGAAAGCUGCUUUUAAGUGGGAAAAAACCAGUGCCUUACCGGCGAAUGAAAUCAAAACUUCAGAAGCCAUGAUGAUCCCGAUCAACAAUGAAGUGGCACGUUAUCUUCGAGUGCCAUCUGUACCAUGCGUUGGCAGUUCUGGUGAUUCAGUAUUCAGUUCUUCGUCAGGCAUUGUCGUCAGCGGUGGUUCCGGACCGGGAACGCCCGGUGAAAAUAGUUUGGCUAGUUCAAACGAAGAUCUCACCGAUUUGAUCGACGACUGCCGCGGCAACGGCAGAGCGACCAAGCGUGACUCCGUGAAGAGUACUGAUCAGUCUCGGACGCAGGAUGAAGAUUCGCGGCGCAGUAAAUCUUUAGACGGUGAGGCAAUCUUGGAUCCCAUACGGCAAUUAGACAAGAAUAAAAACAAAUCCGCCUGGAGUAAAGUUAAAGGAAUCGUAAAAAAUCAUCGGGGAUCACUCAAAUCUAACGGAUCGCGAAAGAAUUUAAAGUCAUCGAACAGUGUUGGCUGCAGUCGGGAAGCAAGCCCGUGCGAUUCAUUGGAAGCAAGCGAGCUGCAACGAGAUCGUUCGGAUUCUUUGUCAUCUAAUCAGACUUCUCCCGGUAACAGAAAUAAUACCCCGACUUUUUUGGCCCUUCCGUCCGGUGAUAAUAACAGUUGCCCAAAUUCACCAUGUGGAUCACUGCCCGCUACUUUCUCUAGCGACGAUAACGACUGUAAGUCAGACAGCAAACUUGGCCGUACUGGGAGUGGAGAGCGAGGCGCUUCUUCGAUAGGUGCUACAAAAGAAUCCACAGUAAGUCGGAGCUCACGGAAAAGCCGGCAUAUACCUGAUAUCGAAUCCGUACCUGAGGGACUGCCCAUAGAUCCCAAACAAAGCAGUAUUUGUAGUAAACCGAGAAAAUCUCCCCCUAAACCACUUUGCCUUCGCCAGGAUUCUCAGGAAACUGAAAAUAUUGCUGAUCAAUCCCUUUCGUCACCUGCAUCUCAGCGAGAGCACUCGAAAAGUUCACCGAAACGGAAAAGUUACGGUGGAGAUGAGACAUCGGCACCUGAGAGCCCUUCAAAAGCGUAUGAAUUCUUCGAAGGAGAAAUUGAAGAUAUAUCCAGCGAAGAUGUGUCGGAUCAAAACACACCACACAGAAGAUCGUCUCCCAAAACGAAGAACCUAUUACGACAACGGGAAGAAAUUGAACAGCGCUAUAUGGAACUUCAGAAUAAGCUGCAGCGGGAAUUCGAUGCCAAGCAGCAGGAAUGGGAACGACUGCGUCCUGCUGCCCUUCUCCUCACCAACAGCCCCAUUUUAAUUCUAGUAAACCAAUAUCUGAGAGACGACACUCCGCCCAGUCCAAAGCGAGAACAGCAAGCGCCUAUCGUGGAGGAAAAUCUUUCGCCUGACUUCAAGAAAAAGUUGACUGAGUGGCGCAUCAAGCAUCAGCCACAGCACAAGCCCAGUGCGUCGAAAGAUUGGCCUACAGAUGGGAAAAAGAAAGCCACCACCGACUGGCAGCUAUGGAAAACCGGUCAAAUUAAACUGGAAGGACAGGGUCUGACACAGCUCCCAAAUGCAAAAGAUUUACCAGAGGAUUUUCAGAAGAAGCUAUCUGAAUGGAAACAAAUGAAGGCUGCUAAUAAGGUUCCGUCGUACAGCACCCAGAGUUCACAGUUGAGUGAAGCUUCUAUGAAGAGACAGCACAGUAAAUCUACCGGAGCGACAGCGAAGAAAUCGAAGCCUACAGAAGAGCACAAGGGUGAGGGACUAUCUAAGCUAAAGGCACUGGUUGGUACCGAUCCGCCAAAGAAGGAAUUGGUCGUUCAGACAACAAAAGGAUUCAUCAAGUUCGAAGGCAUUUCAAGGAAAUUUACUCGCCGGUUGUUUGAAUGGGAAAAGGCAAAGGGAAUUGGGCCAGAAGCAUCAACAAUUGCACUGCUACAUCCGGGUUAUGCUCCUGUAGUAGUCGAAAAUAGUGGCGAUGUUUUCGAAACAAAACGAGAAAAAUCCCCUGGACUCGGUCGAUCGUUAUCAAUGGACAGCAUUUCACCAAAUCCUACGGCUCCAUCGAUUUCACAUCAACCUUCCAGUUUAUCGCUGAAUGAUGCUGAUGAACGAAAAGAAAAUGACGAAAUGGAUGCAGUUGCCAACCGGAGAGUGUCUUCCUAUCCAGAGUUAGAACUAUCGGUGGAGCGAGAAGAACCGCGUGCGGUAUUAGUGGAAGUCGAGGAAGAUGUGCUGGAGGUCACUGAUUCACUCACAGGACCGGUUGCCCGUCCUAUAGUGGAUUGCGCCGUUAGGCAGAACGAAGCAGAAGCUGACUACAAUGCAAGACAAUCCAGCAGCAGUGGAACAAUCCUAAAAGACUCCACUAAAUUACUUAUUCGGCUCCGUGAGCAGGAUUCCGUCGAUCGGGAUGAAGUUCGUCGACUAAAGAUAGUCCUUCGGGCGCUGAUCGCAACUUUACCAGAGUUUGUAGAAUCUGGUUCUCGAGAUAGUAUAGCAUUUUUUGCCUAUAUGAAAGAUCUUGCGCAGGAUAUUCUGCGUCACUUGCAUCAUUUCGAAGACGGUUCACUUAAACAUGCCAGUGAGGUAUUGGAAAAUGUUCAGCGGAUCAACUCACUAGUGGCAGACUUGAAAAAAUCGCUUCAUUCAUACAUGAAGUAUGCAUCAGCUGUGGCUCGAAAUGAUGAAGAAAUCCCACAAAUCAGUAUUACUCCAGCAUAUGGAGUUCAGGCGACCAGUACGAUCCAAAAAUCCGAUGAUGGUCUGCGUAGUAUGGCAACGAUCAACGUAACUCCUACAUUCUUGUGUAAUGCUGUAAAGGUCAACAUGGUCGAUAUGAGCAUGGUGCAAACGCGUCAAUUUCCGAUCAGCUCCGAAUCCGAUCCGAUUCCACUAACUUCCCAAUCCCCCGAUUCUUCUACCCAUGUGGAAGGUGCAACCGCAUUGGAGGAUAGAUCAGAAAGUAGAAAGGUUGCGCGCAAUUUAAGCAAUGGAUCGAGGAAGAAAACCCGAAUCAAACGUAUGGGCUCCCGGCAGAACAGCAAAACUGAAAGUGACAGUGAUGAAAGUCCAGCAAACUACGUUUUGGAGGUUCCAAGAAAAACGAAGCGCAAAACAAGUCGGGCCAAAAAGCCUUCUGAUUCGACGGAGAAACUGGUCCAACCGCAGCAAUCAGAAGAAAUAAUCUAUGUGCUUAAAAUCAAGUCUGGCCAGAAAACAGAGCUGCCAGAAAAAGUGUUGAGCAAUUCGGUUACUGCUAUUGGAGAAAUUGCAUUAUCUUCAGUAGAAACACCAAUAACACAGCCAGAAAACGAUGGUAGCUCAAAUUCAAUCAAUUGCACAGCAAAUGUAUUGGUGAAAACUAAGCGAAAAAUUUUUACUCCUGUUGAAGGCGAGAGCUCUAAUAAUGUGGCUUCAAUUAUAUCGCCCACGGUAGUUAGUCGCGAGAUUGAAUCUUCUAGCACUUCCGAUAGAAACGAUCAACCUGAAUUGCCAAAGAAUGAACCGAAAAUCAUAACGAAUUUGCCUCCGCUGCCACAAUCUCCGAGUACUCAACGAAGAUUAGAGAUGCUGAAAAACAAUACUGCUAAGGAGCUUUCCCCGAACAUUCGGUUAAUGGUGGCAAAAUAUAAUCAGCGGUUAUCCUCUGAACGAACAGGAAAUUCUCCGGCUAGUUCUGGAUCGUGUUCGCCGGUUGCCUGGAGAUCACCGGUUCUUGAUCGCCGAGUGAAAAAGCAGACAGAAAAAUACCAGGAAAGCAUUCAACUAUCUAAAUCAGCCAGCGCUGGCAGUAUUCGGAAAUCGCUAAAGCAAUUGGAAGCUACUCAGAAGAACGCUGGAAAUACCGGAGCAGUUCCUGGAGAAAAUAACAAAGUAAUGAAAUCUUCCAGCACUGGAAUGAUUGACUCAAAUCGAAAAAAGCCUAAGAGUACGGAUGAAGAGGGUGAUCACAGUGAUUCGCCGAAAAUGACGUUUCUUGCAUAUGACAGUCUACGUCGUAAGGAUACGUUAACGCGAAUGGAGAGAAAAGAGAUGGAACAGGAAAGUAUAAAAAAGAUGGAAACACUAAAAAAGGAACGACUGUAUAAGAAAAAAACUGAAUCUCCAAAAGGAUCCGGUACUGGGGCGAUUAGAAAAGUCUCAAGGGAAAAAUACACGAGAUGUCGUUCAGUUCCAGGAGAAGAUGUAACAGAACCUGUAAAAACAAGCGAAAAGAAACCACCCAGUCCUCGAUUGGCACUGAGGAGGAAACACUCCGAGCGAGAAGCAGCACGGUCAGAACCGACGACUCCACUAGAUGAGAACAAAGGUCUGACUCAGAUGAGCCAGCGCGCGUUAAAACUAAGAAAAGCGAAAGAAGAGUUUUUGAGAAGCUCCUCCGUAGCAGUUAAAGCAGAUCAGCGGCAACAAAUGUGGAACAAUCGUAUCAGUCAGAUUAGUAUGGCAAGUGCUAGCAGUGCAGAUGAUGCACUACUAAUGAAAAGUGCUAGUGCUGGUAUAUUGGUCGGAAAUACGGGUGAUGGUGGUGAUAGCCAGAAAGAGAGUGCAUUUGAAUCCCUGCCAAGGAACUCGUCCGGAAUGUUGAGCAGUGGUGGAACCAUUGAUGAGGUUUCUUCGAGGUCUACCAGUGCACAUAGCAGUCGGUUUGGUCUGUCGAAUUUGGCGUCGAAGUUGAGAAAGGUAAAACUUAGAAGAAGCAGCAAAGAUCUCAGCAAGAUGCAAACCAUUUCCACACUCUGUCGACAGAGUCUAAUGGUAGACAUCAGUGGCGAAGCCAUGAGAAUGGGCAGCGAGCAGAAUCUUGGGCAGAGUGCCGAUGAUGGAGUCGGCGGGGAGUCCUUGAAAAAGUCAGGUAGUGUGCAGGCUAUUUGCAAUCGGUUUCGCAAGAGCCACGAACGAAGUGAUGAACUCAAGAAAAGUAGAAGUUUAGGAUUUUUGGAACCAGAUCGCAAGGGGACACAUUAA